GGGAGACUGAAAGAUCUCAAAAUAAAACAGCAUAGAUGUCCCCAGAUCGUGUUAGACUAAUAGCUCAGUUUCAGAUAAAACUUGAAACUGUUUACAUACUCUAUUUAGUGUUAUCAUAAUUUAAUUAAUGUCAGAAAAAAUGGACACAAGAAUCGCCGAAGUCAGUCGGGAGAGGUCGAGGAGGCCCAUUAGAAACAAAAGAUACAGCAGACGGGGCUAUGGCGAGGACAAAAGGCCCCCAAAAAGACUCUUCACCCCGGAAAUAAAACGCUUCCUCAAAGACUGGCUGGUCCGAAGACGCGAAAACCCCUAUCCCAACAGAGACGAGAAGAAAAGUUUGGCGCUGCAAACCGGACUUACUUAUAUACAGGUGUGCAAUUGGUUCGCAAAUUGGCGCCGGAAAUUGAAAAAUGCCGGCAAGGAGCCCCAACGUAGAACCUGGGGCGACUUGAUCAAGUCAUAUAACAGCCAAGUGCAGGGAAACGUCGAACAUUUUAGUAUUUGCUCUGACGAUAGCAUCUGGGAGGAGCCUGACAGUGAUGAAAACCCCCAACCCGAUCAUAGUUACACUACUUUUACCGAACAUGACAACAAUAAUCGAUUUUUUGUUAAUUCUCAAGAAGCGGAAAUCGAGCAAAACCCCUUUAGCCAAGCAAAGUAUAAGAAUCACAUUAUGGAGAAAUAUUUGCGUGAUUGUCAAAAACCGGAAAAGUUCGAGUCUGGGGAUGAUGUGAAACCGUCGAUGAUUACGAAAUGGUUGGAAAGUGCAGUUAAUUUUACCCCGAGUGAAAAUAAUUAUCUCCAUUGGACGUUUUCGAAGAAUCAGAAGAAGAAAAAGAAGGAGGUAGCCAAUCAGGUGUUUCAUGGGAGGGAGGAGCUUGACGCGGCGGAGGCGUUGACUAGACUAGCCAAUGCGCGGGCUUUUAAAGCGUGAAAUGACAAUCAGGACAAGACUGCUGUCUUUUUAACGUUGAAUUAAUUUGCUCAGACAAAAAUUUUCCAUUUUUUUAUUAAAAGUUGUCCAAAACAAAUAAAAAUCACUAGGAUACUCCUAAUUGUAAGAUUCCUAUUUUUAAUAAUUACUAACACUCUGUGCUGUGAUUUUUGCCCUAACAAUACGUUUUUUUCUGAGAAUGUUUACACCUCUUCUAACCAAUCUGUUAUGUAGAUAAUAGUCGAAAUUUGUUGUGUUUUUUAGGAAAUUAUACACUUUUAUUGA